AGUUUUGGUUAGCUAACAACUUCAAUUGUUAAUCGUGCUUCGCUCGCUCGACAUUACGGUUGUCUGGUUUUUAAUUUUUUUUAAUUUUUUAAAAAAAUGUUUCAAAGAACUAAAAAAGCUAAAAAUUUUUUUAACACCAACGAAAUGUUAAAACUCGACAACAAGAAGGAAGGUCCUGAUCCAGCUACUGGUCCUAAACGUGCCGAGUCUGUGGAUGACGUUGUUCCUGACUUAGUCGACGUGGCUGCAGCUGCGAAACCCGGCAUGGAAUCUGGUGUGGCGUGCAAGGAUUCGAAUGGCGCAGGCGAUGCUAAAGGCGAUAUUAAAAACGAAUCAAAGGCCAAAGGAGACGAUAACAAGGAGAACGAUGAUGGGGCCAACAAGAAAGUCUUUGGUGAUGUCCUUGAUGAAGCCGAUUUAGAGGAGAAUGACGACGAAUCGACUUUGGUAGAAGAAGAAGGUGAGCCUUUAUUACCCAUUAUAGUGACUGAGGAUCAAAUGGUUAAGCAUCCAUUACAAAACACAUGGACCCUGUGGUAUUUGGAGAACGAUCGCACCAAAUCGUGGGAGGACAUGCAAAAUGAGAUCUCCAGUUUCGAUACUGUUGAAGAUUUCUGGAGCUUGUACAAUUACAUUAAGCCGCCAUCGGAAAUCAAAAUGGGCAGUGAUUAUUCACUGUUCAAGAAGAACAUUCGUCCCAUGUGGGAGGAUGCUGCCAAUCAGCGUGGCGGUCGCUGGGUCAUCACAUUGCACAAGAACUGUAAAACGGAUUUGGAUAAUAUAUGGCUCGAUGUUCUUCUCUGUCUAAUUGGUGAGGCUUUCGAUCAUUCCGAUCAGGUGUGCGGUGCUGUUGUUAAUAUCCGUGGCAAAAACAAUAAAAUUUCCAUUUGGACAUCGAAUGGUAAUAUGGAGGACGCCGCCAUGGAGAUUGGACACAAGCUGCGCGAUGCUCUAUGUCUGGAACGCCAUAAUUUCUUGCAAUAUCAACUACACACUGACACAAUGAUCAAACAGGGCUCUAAUGUCAAAUCGAUUUACACAUUGUAAACACAUUGAAAACACAUUGAAAACACAUUGAAAACACAUUGAAAACACAUUGAAAACACAUUGAAAACACAUUGAAAACACAUUGAAAACACAUUGAAAACACAUUGAAAACACAUUGAAAACACAUUGAAAACACAUUGAAAACACUUUGUAAACCAAUAAUUCAACCACAAGCUGCCUCCCUCCUUCGACAUCCACAUACACAUUCGCACAAAAAACAAAAUGUAGUAAUUUGCCCUUCUUAUUAAUGGUUAGAAUCAUUCGCAAUAAUUCAAACACAAAUAAUACAUAAAAUGUACCUACCUCACUCAAUGUCCACAUUACCAAACAAUAACAACACCAACCAAAAGCACACAACAAAACACAAUACAAGGACUCCUCCUCCGAAACCAUCAACUGGAUCAGACGAGGGUCAGCGAUUGAUGAAGAGAUUACUAACCAUCAAUUAAAGAAGCAGCUAAAGCAAAA